AUGGGCCUUUUUGCAAGCUUCUCCAUCAUCUUGGCUGCCGCGGCCUCCGUUCGCGCCGGAUACAACGCAGCCAGUAAAUCUAACGUCGUCCUUUACUGGGGACAGAACUCUGCGGGACAGCAGAGCACACAGUCUCGUCUAUCGACCUAUUGCGAUGCUAAUGUUGACGUCCUCCUUCUCUCGUUCUUGCUUCGCUUCAGUGGCACUAACGGCCAACCUAUCCUGAACUUUGCCAACGCGGGGGACAAUUGUACCCUUUUCGCAGGCACAGAGACAUUUAAUUGCCCUCAGAUCGCGUAUACUCUAGCUAUGGCUACGAUCCUUCCUCCUCUAACCCCUUUUCUCCAACAGGGCCUUGUUAAUUUGCUGCACAGAGCGGAUAUCAAAACAUGCCAGGGCAAGGGGAAGACCAUCAUGCUUUCGAUUGGCGGUGACUCUUACAACGAAGGUGGCUUCACGUCGGCUGCUCUUGCCACGGCCGCUGCGGACAAGAUCUGGGCAAUGUUUGGCCCUGUUCAGUCUAGCAGUGGUGCCCUUCGCCCAUUUGCAGACAGUGUCUUAGAUGGGUUCGAUUUUGAUUUUGAGGCGAACGUUUCCAACAUGGCCACCUUCGCAAAUCAACUACGUACCCGCAUGAAUGCUGCGACUGGAAAGAGAAAGGAUAUCCUCACUAAUGUGCCUCUGGACUGGGUCAACGUCCAGUUCUAUAACAACUAUUGCGCUACUAGGUCGUACACCCCUGGAACGAAUACUCAAAAUAAUUUCAACUUCCAGCAGUGGGAUACAUGGGCCAAGGCGUCGAAGAACCCAGCUGCGAAGGUCCUCCUCGGGGUGCCGGCAAACACUGGAGCAGCUGGCGCAGGAUACUACCAAACGGCAACCGCUCUACAGCCGGUCAUUCAGUACAGCGCGCAGUUCUCUAGCUUCGGCGGUGUGAUGAUGUGGGAUGCGUCUCAGGCUUGGACGAACCCUGGGUUCGUCGCCAGUAUAAAGAGCUUCUUGACGGGGUUGAAAAAGAGGCAGAUGAGGUGGGGGUUGCGACAGGAGUAG